AUGUGUAAGAAGAUCAAAAAGUGCCACCCAUCGAAGGAGCUUCUUGAAGAUAUCUGCAUUCGAUUUGUUCUGAAUGCCCCCGAAGAAGAUCAAAAGUCAUUCGAGAGGAUUUUGUUUCUUGUGGAGAGUGCUUAUUGGUACUACGAAGAUAACGUUGUAGAGAACGAUCCAAAGCUAAAGUCGCUGUCCUUUAAAGGGUUUACUUGUCUCCUAUUCAAAAACUGUGAUGUGUUGAGACCUUACCUUGCACAUAUCGAUGACAUAUUCAGAGACUUCAGUUCUUACAAGAGUCAAGUUCCGGUAGCUGGUGCGAUUAUUUUGGACGAGACAUAUGAACGUUGCUUGUUGGUUAAGGGAUGGAAAAAAUCAUCAACUUGGAGCUUUCCACGUGGAAAGAAGAGUAAGGAUGAAGAAGACCAUGCUUGUGCUAUACGCGAGGUCUUAGAGGAGAUAGGCUUUGAUGUCUCGAAGCUGCUUAAGAAAGAUGAAUAUAUUGAGUUUACAUUCAGAGGAGAGCAAAGAGUGCGGCUUUACAUUGUCGCUGGUGUGAAAGAAGAUACAGCUUUUGCACCACUGACUAUGAAGGAAAUCAGCCAAAUCGCAUGGCAUCCGCUUGAUCGGCUUGAUGAUGGAAGAGUGAAUGGUCUCAAGUUGUACAUGGUGGCACCUUUUCUUGCAUCGUUGAAGUCAUGGAUAUCAAAGCAUCCGUCUUCUGUUGCACGGAGACCUGACAAGCCCCUUAAAUCAAUCUGCAUGUGGAAUGCAAAGACAACAAAAACGGAAUGA